GAAUUGUCUGUGCGCGUCGUUUCUCUUAAGUCAUUGUUUCGGACUAACUUCAGUGUGAAACUGGUGACCCAGAGGGAGCCACGAGGCAGCGCGACAAGUUUGGAGAAGGGGAGAGGAGAAAAAAAGGAUUUGGAUCACUAUUUUUAAAUGUAAGAUUUGGAAAAGGGGGCGUGGACGUUAUUGGAGCGGCAGCAGCGGGGAGCGUGUUGGUUCUUGGACGCAGCUUCCACAGUGAUGUGCCACCGGCUGCAGGAGGAACUGGACUGAGCGCGUUACAAGAAGAUCUGCUGCAGCUUUGAUUUUUUUUAAUAUAUAUAUUUGUGUAUUAUAAAAAACGCUGUGGCGUUUUAUUGGAUGUAUUUCUCCCUUCGUUCCUGAUGGUCGCACAGAGAAAGGACUCGAGGAAAACAGGAGCUGUUGAAGCCGUCCAAUGCGUAAUGGAUAUAAUCUGAAUUUGAAGCUGUUUGAAUGAAACGAUUGGAGACAUCUGACUGUUUGAGGGAGCCUUGUUGCGCACAACAAACCCAGCUGGAGCAGGAGGACCAAUCUUCAAAAACACAAAAGAAAAACUGUCCCGCAUGAAUGUAUUUCUAAAUAUUGAGAAGAGGUGCUGUUUUUCAUGAUUAAAUGUGGCUGCAUAUGGUUACUCAACCCUUUGCCAUGGAUUAUGCUCAAAGUGUUUAAUCCAAUUCUUUACGCCCAUGAGUUUUAGAGUUAAAACCACUGUAUGUGCCUGACUGAGAAUGCGUUUGAAACGCAGAACGGGAAAGUAAGAGCCACCUGCGUUUCUUGAACAGCCAAAAUGACAAGCAGCGGACCUGUCAUUGUCUUCGAGUGGCUGAAGACCCUUCAGCUCUCCCAGUAUGUCGAGUCCUUCGUGGAUAACGGAUACGACGACCUAGAAGUUUGCAAACAAAUAGGAGACCCCGACCUUGAUGCCAUCGGAGUCUACAUCCCUCACCACAGACAGAGGAUCCAUGACGCGGUGAGAAGGCUGAGAGAGGAAGCCAGAGAGACGGCCAGCGGACUGUAUUUCACUCUUGAGCCGAUGCCACCCGCGGCAGAAUUAUACACAGGUCACGGACUGGAGCAUGAGUCCAAGCUGCGGGGAUCUAGAUCCUGGACAGAGCCUAACAGUGACCGAAUCGGGCGUAACGGUGGCUACAUGGGCGCGCAAAGAAACCUGACCCUGGGCAACAGGAGGGAGCUGGUGAUGUACCCCAAGCUGAAGCUGAAGAUCAUGAUCAGGGAUAAACUCAUCAGAGAUGGCAUCAACCUUGCAAGGCCACCAUAUUCUAAUAAGGAUGGUUCUCUGGGAAACAUAGAUGACCUUGCACAGGAGUACUCUGAAUACUACAAUACCUGCUUCAGUGACGUCAGCGACCGCAUGGAAGAGCUAAGAAAACGCCAAGUCUCCCAGGAGCUCGAUAUGGAUAAACAGGACCCAAGCAGCACCUCUCUCCAGCUUCGCAAUGAGAUCCAGGAAUCUCUUGGCUUCAGCAGUGAGGUGUCCACCCCUGAAACAGACAGAAGAAUGCCUUUGCACAAGUCCAGCUCUGAAGAUGGAUCUGGAGGUAAAUGGGACAACAAGAAGAAAAACAAAUCCUUUUGGCAGAACUUCCGCAAAUCUCAGCACAAACCGGUCGCUCGUCAGUCAUCUAAAGGAGAAGAUAUCGGGUAUGUUGCCAGUGAGAUCACGAUGAGCGACGAAGAGCGCAUUCAGCUGAUGAUGAUGGUUAAAGAGAAAAUGAUCACUGUAGAAGAAGCUCUGGCUCGGCUUAAGGAGUAUGAGCGCAGCAAACAGUCCAGCAGUAGUGACACUGCAGAGUGGACUGAAGGAUCUGCAGGCAAUCUAAACCAGUCCUCAAAUUGCAAUUCUCGUGAACAGUCGGAUGAUGAGCAAUCCGAGGACUCGGUGAAGUUCAAAAGGCUUCACAAAUUGGUCAACUCAACACGGCGAGUCAGGAAGAAGCUCAUCAAAGUAGAAGAGGGCAAGAAACAUUCCCCUGAAGAUUUUCUGAAUCUGGAAACUCCCUGCUGUGAGGACAACGCAGCUCUGUAUACAGGGGUUCUAAAAAGACCCCCUUUGCCCCAGGAGGCCUCCCUUCCCUCUCUUAUCCAUGACCAACUCUCCUUGGAUGGAGAUACAGACAGUUUGACUACUUCCCCUUCAUCCAGCAGUCUUGACACCUGGUCUGGACACAAACUAGUGAAAACCUUUAGUAAGUCUUCCAGCAACCACGGCCUCAUCAGACCCCCGAGGAGAACUGCAGCCGGCUCGAUCUCUGGUGUUGCAGGCAGUGGCUCUUCCUUCUCAGAGCUUGAUGGAUGUGGUCUUGACGAUGAGGGAAAGCUCUCACGCUCCACGACAGAAAGCGAGAUGAGGAAGGCACUAAGCUCCAUAUCCCACGGGAGAACAUGCAGCUUCGGGGGCUUCGACCUGUCCAACCGUUCUCUCCAUGUGGUCAACGCAGCCUCCGAAGCCAAUAAUAAGGAACAGGAGGCAUUAUACAGAGAAGUGGUGAAAUCUCCCAACACCACUCGGAUCUCCCUGGGCAAGAAAGUAAAGUCGGUGAAGGAGACCAUGAGGAAACGCAUGUCGAAAAAGUACAGCAACUCGCUGUCUGAGCAGUCCAGUCCUGACGGAGCCCCUGGUUCGCCACAGUCUCCUCUUCCAGACACCGACUCCUUGGAGAAACCAAAACUAAAGGCCGGAGGCUCGGUGGAAAGCCUGCGCAGUUCACUCAGCGGCCAGAGUUCAAUGAGUGGUCAGACAGUGAGCACCACCGACUCGUCGGCCAGCAACAGAGAGAGUGUGAAGUCAGAGGACGGAGACGACGAAGAGCCGCCUUACAGGGGGCCGUUCUGCGGCCGCGCUCGAGUUCACACAGACUUCACUCCCAGCCCCUAUGACACCGACUCCCUUAAACUGAAGAGAGGGGAUGUGAUCGAUAUCAUCAGUAAGCCGCCGAUGGGAACAUGGAUGGGACUCCUCAACAACAAAGUGGGCACCUUCAAGUUCAUCUAUGUGGACGUGCUGAAUGAGGAAGAGGAGAAGCCUAAAAGGCCUGUCAGGAGGAGGAGGAAGGGCCGACCCCCCAAACCCACAUCAGUGGAGGAGCUGCUGGAGCGGAUAAACCUCAAGGAGCACAUGCCUACUUUUCUGUUCAAUGGGUAUGAAGAUUUGGACACAUUUAAGCUGCUGGAAGAAGAAGACUUGGAUGAGUUGAAUAUCAAAGAUCCUCAGCACAGAGCGGUGCUGCUUACGGCUGUGGAGCUGCUACAGGAGUAUGACAGCAGCAGUGAUCCAGAGCGCAGUGGGUUGUCAGGUUCUCAGGAGAAGCUGCUGUCAGAGGGUCGAGGUCUUGUGGGGGACUCCCCGAGGGAUUCUGGCUGCUAUGAGAGCAAUGAAAAUUUGGAAAAUGGCAAAAACAGAAAAGCAUCCCGAUCCAGUCGCUCUUCUGCUGAAAUGCAGUCUUCAGACUACCCGACACUACCUAUGACUCUUUCUACAGAGGCUCUGCAACAAAAUGGCAAAAACCAGCGUUCCAAGUUCCCUAAAAGCUUGUUCAUCAAGCCCUCCAUGAAAAGCUUAAACUUGCUGGGAUUCCGUAAAUCCCACCGACGGUCCCCCAUCCCAGCUAGCCGCAGCUGUGAGGACCUUGAUGGCCCAGAGCAGCCAUCUCAGCUCUGGAAGCGUUCUCAUUCUCUGGGAGAUCUGCACAGCCCCAAGCAGAAAGAUGAUCAGAAUGUGGUGCUUAUAAAAGCAAAGGAGGUGGCCAAAUCUGGCAACAACAGCCAGGUCAAGGUUCAUAGAGAAGGGAGUUCUCCAACCAAGAAAGGAACUCCAACAGUAAGUCCUAAAGGAAGGGCUGACAGACCUCCAAUACCCUCCCAGCUUCCUCUCCGUUCCCAGUGUCCAACAGUCCAAUCCCCUAAACUUCCAGAACCGCUCUCCAGUCCAACUCCAAGUCCUCCUGAUUCUAGUGCAAGUGGUGAGAGGAUCAUCCUGACACAUCCCAAAAAACCUCCCAUUCCACCUCCUGUUCCCGCCAAAAAGUCCAGAGAAAGACUCGUCAAUGGUGCUCGUCACCCGUCUCUCUCCCUGCCCUCCUCGCCUUCCCCCACCGCCUCGCCUACACACUCCCUAAAUCGCUCCCAACCAAGCAGCCCCUUGAUCCGCAGCAAUAGCCCAAGCCCCAUCCUCAGUGCCCCUGCUCUCCCUGCCAAGACCUUCAGCCCACCUCCCAGUCCGUGUGCCACCUCAUCUGCAUCAUCCUUAGGUGAAGAACCUGGCUCCCCACCAGCAGUGCAGCCACCCUGGCUCUCAGAUCUCGGAGGUAAAAUGGCUGUGACGAGGAAACUGUCCCACACCAAGAUGAGUCCUGAUCUGCACACCCUUCUGGAGCAACGCCUGCAAGCGGAGGGCAUUGAUCUGACAGAGGAGCCUUACUCUGACAAGCACGGCCGAUGUGGCAUUCCACAGCCACUGAUCCAGCGAUACUCUGAGGACUUGGAGCAGCCUGUUAAAGACGUGGGCUCCACUUUGGAUCAGCUCAGAGUAAAAGAGCUACGUAAACAGCACCGCAUGGCAAUCCCCUCUGGAGGUUUGACAGAGAUGUCCCGCAAGCCCAUAACAUUGGGCACUAUCAGCACAGUCCCAGACUGGCUUGUAUCCAUUGGCCUGCCCAUGUACGCUCCAUCUUUGGAGGCAGCAGGCGUUGACACGCUGGGUCGUGUGGCCCUAUUAACGGAGAGCAGCCUGAGGGAGGCCGGGGUGCGGGACGAGAGGCACACCCGCCGCCUUAUCAGUGAGGCCCGACUGGUCAAGGCGCACAAAGGGAUACAUUCCUAAUCUUGGAGCCACCUCGCUGUUUAAAACGUAACCAGGAGGUGGCCACACGUCUAAGUGAGCACAGCACUAAAGUACACUCAAUAAGAGCUACCCCUUCUUUAAUGUUUACGGCGUCAAGAGCCAGGAGAAGAUAUCAGAUGCCUUUAGAAAAGUUAUUAAAAACUGACUAUCGGAUUUCUUCCAUUCUAAAGUCACCCCUAAAGUCUUCAAAAAAAGACUUGGAUCUGCCUUUUAAGCAUCAUAGCACACUCUUUUUGUAAGAUUCAAGCAGUAUUUUUUCCUUCCCUCCUGCUACUCUAUUUUAAAUGGUUUACUUCCUCCAUAUUCCAUGGUUGAACCAUUUCUCAGCUCUUAUGGCAGGACAGGUAAAACUCUUAAUGAAUAAACCGCUUUUAGUAGUGGAUUAAAGGUGGCUUAUUUUGUAUCAUGUUUCUGUAUUAUAGCACAAAGAACAUCUGAAUUCUAAAAGGAUCUACCGUAUAUGUUAAAGUUUGUGUUUGAGAUAUUACAGCCCUUUCAUUCACCCACUUGCAGUCAUUUGGAAAGAAUAGAGACAUAAUGUCUUUAUAAUUCAACUUUUAUGAUGCAUCUUUUUACACAGCAUACUCUAGUGUGGAGAUCCUAUAGAAAGCUUUGUUUCCUAUGGUAAUCACAAUCAACUUUUAAUGAAAGUACAUUCCUCGGUGUGGAAAGGGACACUUGGAAUUGCCUUACCAAUAUGAAUGAAUAGCUACAAGAAGCUGUGCAAAAAACGUGCAGGUCUUUUUCUCCUUCUGAUUGUGUCUGACAGGUUAACUGUGUUUUGAAUACAUGAACAAAUGCACAAUUAUGUUGGUGGUGCAUAUGGACCAAAGAACAAGACUAUAACUCUCACUCUGUGUUUGGAUCCGCCUGAACUUUGUUGGAAUACAUUGGAGGUACAUGUUGCUAAACAAAAAAAAAAAAGAUUUAGCCGAGAUCUUGGCCUUUGCAUUUGAGAUGUUACUGCUCUGUUUAUAUCUUGGGAGCUCAAAACUUACAAAUGUUAGGGAGCUUUUUCAAAGUCUAAAUCAGUAGAUUUGGAACUGGACCCUUGCCAUACAAAGAUGGAAAUGAACUCUCAAUAUAAAACAAACAAAAAAAAUAAAAAAUCAGGGACCUUUUAGGGAAGAAAAAAUUAUCAGCAUUAUGGAGUAGAAAAUAUCUAAGAACAUUCGGUCAUGCGUUCUGAAUGAAACAGCAAAUAUUCCCAGUGUUAAUUCCUCCUGUCUUCAAAGUCACAUCUUUCCUUGUGAUUACUAGACUGAAGACUUAUUCCAUCCAUUUUACAUAAAUUGUUUUUCCAAACUCCGACCAGCUGCUGUUGCUGAGUUUAGGAGCUUGUUUCUGCAGUUGGCACUUGAUGCGGUCAUUUGAUGCCUUCUCUCGUCAAUCAAAGUGGUGCUCUGGACAAGUGAGGAUAGGAAUCACAGUUUCAACAAGUAAAAGACCCAGGAAGCAUUCUGUUAAAGAAUGAAAAUACUGACACUGUAAAUGCACUUUAGAUGGUUAAACUAGCGGUUUUAUAGGCAAAAAUUGGCUACAUAUUUUCACAGGUCCAUAAAUGGACACCAAUGUCAGGUAUUGUAAAGGGUUUCAAUGAAUUAUGCUGGUAUUUUUUUUUUGUAUUAAGUUUUCAAUGCCAUUUUACCAAUAUUGUGUUAACCUUCAGUAACUCAUUUCCAACUUUUUAAAACUAAAUCCUUAAUACAUUCGUGAAAUGCUUUGCUGAGGUUGCACAUUCUCUAUGUGUAAUUGAUGUUGAUUUAAUAACUUAUUUUGCUUUUUUUUAUCAUAUCAACUGUAAUUAGCUGUACCAUAUGAAUAGCAAUACCUUCCUGCUUAUCGCUCUUGUCAGUGACGAACUACAGUAUGUUUUGUAAAAUACGUGUACAAAUGAUUUUGUUUGGUUUCCAUUUACUAAAUGAUUGUCCAUACAGAUUUUGCUUGUGUAUUGAAACAACAAAAAGUAAUGUCCAUAACUAUUUGUCAUUCUGAAAUAUAAAUAAAAAUGGUUUC